AUGUAUUGUGGAAUUGAUCCUGAUGAAUUGGAGGCCUUGUUAGAUGAUGAGGAAAUACUUGAUAUUGCACCAUUGAGAAUUGAUACUAGUCCUGUCAAGAGUAAAAGAUCUGGUCCCAAGACCUUUAUUGGGAAAUGCCCCAAGGUUCCAAAACCUGUCAAACCAUCCAUUGCUCCAAAGGUGUCCAAAGCUGCCAACAAGUCAACUAUGUCAACUAGGAGUGACCCUGUGAAGGUAAUGAUAUCACCAAGGAAAAAGUCCAAUCUUGCUGCAUCUCCAAUUAGAAAGAGUGGUAGACUAAGGACUUUGAAGACAAAAAAUAUACAGGGCCUGGAAGGGAUCAAAAUGAUCCAUUUGUAA